AUGGAGCUCCUACGUGAUCGCAAACACAAGCCUGUGCAGUUCCGCGUUCGAAGGUCAAGUCGGCUGGAUUCCAGCUGCAAGGUGCCAACUACGAGACUAGCACCAGCACGGGGUAUCAGCGGCGAUGACAAGGUGAGCGCAAGAGGCGAGAGCAAGACCAGCAGCGCCGAGGGCAAGGUGAGCACCUGCAACCAGGCCACGUGCAAGUCCACAAACCACGGCGAGUGCAAGACGAGCGCCGUCGUCGAGGGCAAGUACAAGUGCAGUGGCGUCGUGAUCGAGGCCAACAGGAAACACGCGAGCGUCGAGGGCAAGUACGCGUGA